CUUUUGUUCAUUCUCUCAUCUUCUCCGCACAUUAUUACGAUUUAGAGAAUUAAUUAAGUUUAGCCGCAAGAAUUAAAUUGCUCCAAGAAUAUGGCAAUCACUAUUGAUUUGAAAAGGAUGGACGAACAGCUCAAGCCCCACGUCGACAGGCUUCUCAACGUCCUAGACAGCGGCGGCCGCCAACCAGCCGCCGGCAAAACUCGACUCCUUGGGACGGAGGAUCUACUGUUUGGCACAGAAAAAAGACUUGUCAAAGAAAAGGGUCGCCUCCAUUCAACGCCAAAACCUGGCGGUGGCGGCAGGAAUCCUCUGUUUGGGAGGGCGGAAAGCGGUGGCCAUCAGCGGUCUACGGAGGCCGCCGGAGAAAGGCAUCCGGAACUGCCGGCGGAAGGGUGGCAGUUGGACCCCAAGAAAUUGACGAUCAAAGCUCUCAUCGGUGAAGGUGCCUCUGGAUUCAUUUAUAGAGGAUCUUACAACGCUCUUGAUGUAGCAGUGAAAGUCUUCGAAUGGGAAGAUGUAAACACAAGACAGAAAGUAGAAAACGAUUUCCUCCAUGAAGUUGCUGUUUGGUAUCAUUUAGAUCACCCCAAUAUCGCAAAGUUUAUUGGAGGAAUAAGGAGUUUAUCAAAGGUGAACAUUAUACCCAAACACAGCUUUAGGGUGCCGAAGAAUGGCUACUGCAUAGUGGUGGAAUACCUCUCCGGUGGAUCUCUCCAAACACACCUCUCCAAACACCGGACUAAGAAGCUUUCUGAGAGGGAUAUCCUUCACUUUGCUAUUGAUAUUGCUAAAGGAUUGUGCUAUCUUCACUCAAAGAAAAUUGUCCAUAGAGAUGUGAUGACCCAAAAUUUACUUCUCAACAAACAAGGACACGUAAAGUUCGUGGACUUCGGAGUUUCUCGAUUGGAGGCCGCAAAAAGAAAUAUGAUGACGGCGACUGCCGGAACACAAUGUUAUAUGGCUCCGGAAGUAUAUGAUGGAAAGGAAUAUGACCACAAAUGUGACGUAUACAGCUUUGGUAUUUGUUUGUGGGAGAUAUGCAACUGUGCCUUCAUUGUCUACCAAGACCGAAAACUUGACGCACCAGAUUCAUGCCCAAAGGGUCUAGCUGAUGUGAUGAAGAUGUGUUGGGAUUCGGAUUCACGCAAAAGACCAGAGAUGGAUAUGGUUGUAAAGAGGCUAGAAGCAAUCUACACAUCCGAAUAUGCAUCAAGAGAAGUACAUUCUAAAGGUGUAGGCUGUGUCUCCUUACUUUCAGGCCUACGAAAGCAUUCCCAUUCCUAGCGAGCUGGCUGCUGAUUAUAGCAUUUUUAAUUGAUAGUUUAUAGAGUUUUGUGACAAUUGAAAGUAAGAGUAGGGGUAGCUUAGCUAGACUAAUAGAAUGUCAUGUAUAAUGUCACGAUUGA